AUGGUGACCAACAAAGUCCUCAAGUUUGGUACAGCUGCGCUGUUGGCAACCACUACUACAGCUCAGGGCCAAAUUACCAACGAUACAUAUUUCUAUGGACAAAGUGAGCCUGUAUACCCGAGCCCAAAUAUUACCGGUCUAGGGAACUGGGCAGCUGCAUUCAGCCAAGCACAAGCUUUUGUUGCACAGCUCACUAUAGAGGAGAAGACUAAUCUGACUGGUGGAUACGCCGGGAACAAUGGCUGCUCUGGCAAUAUCUAUGCAAUCCCUCGUCUCGGCUUCCCAGGUCUUUGCGUCACGGACGCUGGUCAGGGCGUAAGAGCCACUGACUUUGUAAAUGGCUACGCCAGCGGAAUCCAUGUAGGAGCUUCCUGGAACAAGCAGUUGACAUACCAGAGAGGUGUCGACAUGGGUGGCGAGUUUAGAGCCAAGGGUGUCAAUAUCCAGCUUGGCCCAGUUGUUGGUCCCCUAGGUCGAGUAGCUGAGGGCGGCAGGAACUGGGAAGGCUUCUCCAACGACCCCUAUCUUUCGGGAAAGCUUGUGGCGCAGCAUAUUACUGGCUUCCAGACUAACGGGGUUGGUACGUGCACGAAACACUACAUUGGCAAUGAGCAGGAGACCGAAAGAAAUCCAACUCUGUCUUCAUCCAACCAGACGAUUGAGUCAAUCUCUACCAACAUCGACGAUACAACCCUCCAUGAGUUGUAUUUAUGGCCCUUCGUCGAUGCGGCCCAUGCUGGUACAGUGUCGAUGAUGUGCUCGUACCAACGCGUCAACAACAGCUAUGGCUGUCAGAAUAGUAAGAUCCUUAACGGAGUUCUGAAAACCGAGCUUGGCUUCCAGGGCUUCGUAAUGUCGGAUUGGUUUGCACAACAUUCCGGAGUUGCAUCUGCUCAAGCUGGUAUGGAUAUGGUCAUGCCUUCAGGCUUAGCGUUUUGGGGGCCUAACCUGACCCAAGCCGUCGAGAAUGGCACUGUCUCCGAGUCUCGUCUGGACGAUAUGGCAACUCGAAUCAUGGCGUCGUGGUACUACACUAAUCAGCAAUCUGGCUUUCCUCAACCAGGCUAUGGUAUGCCAGCCAAUCUACUUGCUCCACAUGAUCCUGUCAAUGCUCGAAACCCUGCGGCAAGAGCUGGCCUGCUGCAAGCUGCAAUUGAAGGCCACGUCCUCGUCAAGAAUACAAACAAUGCCCUACCACUUCGAAACCCACAGCUAUUGACAGUUCAUGGCUACGAUGCAGUAUGGCCACUCAACAAUAUGCCAGCUCCUGGCCUGAGCGGCUGGGCAUUAGGCCUAACUUCUACUGAUCCUCAAUCCGUUCUUUGCGGCUUCAGUGCCGUCUUCGGUCCCUGCACCCCCUUCCUCGGAUACGCCGCCAAUGGUACCCUAUACACAGGAGGCGGAAGUGGCGCAACUUCACCAGCUUACAUUUCAGCUCCGCUGGAUGCCAUUCAAUCAAGGGUCAUUCAGACAGGGAAUACUGUCGUUUACUGGGACACCAUAAACAACAACGCAACCUCGGCAGUCGCUGGCGCAGCAGACGCUUGUCUGGUCUUCAUCAACGCUGAAGCAAGUGAGGGUGUUGACCGACCAAACCUUCGGGAUACCUUUUCUGACACCCUCGUUCGGAACAUUGCGAACCAGUGCUCGAAUACCAUAGUCACCAUCCACAAUGCUGGAAUUCGUCUAGUUGAUUCGUGGAUCGAUCAUCCAAACGUGACAGCUGUUAUCUAUGCCCAUCUUCCGGGUCAAGACAGUGGCACAGCUCUUGUCGACAUCCUCUUUGGAGACGUCUCGCCAUCCGGCAAACUCCCCUACACCGUUGCUCGGAACGAGUCGGACUACGGCGCAAUCCUGGCAGCUGUUCCUCCAGGCGCAAACGGCAGCCAAUAUCAACUAUUUCCACAAGAUACUUUCUCAGAAGGCGUCUAUAUCGACUAUCGCUCCUUCGACGCCCAGAACAUCACACCCCGCUACGAGUUCGGCUUCGGAUUGACAUAUUCCAACUUCAGUUACUCGAACAUCGUCGUCAACCCUGGCCCCACUGGCAACCUCUCACCAUAUCCUACCGGCCCAAUCGUUCCAGGUGGCCACGCGGAUUUAUUCGACAAUCUCGUCUCGGUCACUGCUACGAUUACCAAUACUGGAUCCGUAGCAGCCGCAGAAGUCGGUCAGCUAUAUCUUAGCAUUCCUGCCGCAGGACAGCCAGUAAGACAACUGCGUGGUUUCGAGAAGGUAUUCUUGCAGCCGGGACAGAGCGCCACCGUGACUUUUGACCUUCAGAGACGAGAUCUGAGUGUUUGGGAUGUGGUUGCUCAGCAAUGGAGGCUGGUACAAGGCAGCGCCUAUACUGUCAGUGUGGGCGCGAGUAGCAGAAACUUGCCGUUGACGUCGACAUUCACACUGUAA